GAUUUGUUCUACUGUUAUAGUCGCAUAUGUUUAAUUAAGGUGGGCCGGUUUCCAUUUCUUCAAAAUAAACAUACAUCUAAACCCUCUUGCCAAUACAAUCAUAACAGACACAGUUUUCAAAAUAGUAAUUUUUUCUCACCCGACAUAUUUAAAUUGGGACGACCCGAAGGGUUUAUACCUCACAUAUGGUCGGCACGAAACCAAAUCAUCUGUAAAUUCACCAUUUUUAAAAAUGGACGAUAGAUGUUCACGAUUGGUAGCAUUGGACAGUUUGUUCAGGGAGGAGCUGAGUUGGUUCACCCACCUGAGGCCCGGCUCGGGGGACAUCGCGAUGCCCAUGGAGAGUAAAGCAAUGCCGCUAAGCAGCGACAAAUACCUCGUCACAUUCAAGUUGUCGAAGGAGGGCGCUCUCAUAAAAACAAGCGACAAUGAUCUCGCCAAGACCGGCCCCGACGAGGCUAAGAAGGCAGACGACCUGCCCAAGAACGUUAUGGACGUUUGGAGGAAGCCGUACGGAUGGUUCUUUCUCCCUGGUGAAAAAAUACCCAUAGUUGAGUGAGAGCUCAGCAAUGAUGAUCUCCCGAAAAAUUCCAAAGUAAAAUGUAAAAAAAAAAAAAUCCAGCUAUACAGUGCCCUAAUGGCCGAAUAAUAAACGUUACUACACAUUAUUUCAAUAA